AUGGAGGAAACCCCAAACAGUGGGUCAUCAGAAGAUAUUAACAGAUCUCAAACUAAUCUAGGUUCACUCAACUGGGGCCUAGAUGUUAGCACACCCAGUAUCAGCCAGGAAAUUACUGCAGGCAGUUCUUUGCUUUUCGCUGGGGCAGAGCAAACCUCAAGCAAAUCCACAGGUACUCUGCCUGCUAGCGUUUGGCCUGCUGUAGGUGAGCAGGAGGAUGCUGCACCAGGGUCACCUUCUGUAAACGAAAACCAGAGGACUUCACUGGAGGACCGCUUGGAUGCCAACAAUGUCCCAUGGGAAGAUGUGGUGACCAAUCAGCCUUUAGAGAACAUAACCAGUUUUGAGACACCCAUCCUGGGAACCGGUAGCUUGUUGGAUGAACCCCUCCCAUGUGGUGUGCAAAAGGCAGAGGCAGAGUGGGAGGAAGAAGAGUGGGCAGGUGUCAAACCAAAUGAAAAGGUAGAGACCAGAGCUGUUAACUACAAGGAGGUAGAAGGUACAGAGGAACUGGAAGAGCGAGGUUGCGAAACGAAAGGAAACAGUGAGGCAGAACUUCAUAAGGAUUCAGCAAAAUCAGAUCUUGACGUUUUAGUCAGCACAGAGGUAGAAAAUUUAUAUGAGUUGGAAGAUAAUGAUGGGGAUGCUGGGAGAGCUAGUGGUGCUAACCUAGAAAACCCUAGGGAAGAAGAAUUCAAAGGGGUCAAUGUCAUUGAGGAGGCAGAUGGAGAAAUACCAUGGUUGAGCACAGGGCUGGAAGGUGGAGACAAAAUAGUGGUGGACAACUGUAAAACUAUAGAAAACACUGGCGCUGAACCUGAGAGAGUCUUUGGUAUCUGGGAUCAGGACCAUGAAAGGACAUUUCAGAAUGGCUUAGACCAAACUGACAGUGGUACUGGCGGGAGUACAUCCAUGGAGUGUAUAAACAUGACGCCACAUGUUGACCUAGAGGUAACUGACCACAGAGAAAAGGACCCUACAAAUACUGGAAAUGUUCUGUGUGAUGCUGAAUUAUUCAGUGCAGAAGAGUCUGGUAAAGGAACCGAAGACAAUAGCAUCAGCCCCCUCCCAAAUGGUAGUGCUGCUGCUGAAGGUCAAGCUGCUGCUGAAAAAGAGUGGGCAUUGCUGCCCGAGACAGCUGAUGCUGCUAGCACAAGCUGCGGUAAUCCUUGCCUAGAUAAUGCAGAAGACCAAGUGACAGGUAGGGCGGCAGCAGCAGUCGCUGAAGAGCAUGCUAGUAGCAGUGGUGUUCCUGAAGCCUUGGAAACAGACCCCUGGCUGGCAAACUGGGAUCCAACAGUUACUAAUGAUUCCUGGGGGUUUUCUAAUCCGUCAGAUAGCCAAGCCAAUGGACUGGAUAAUUGGCCCUUUUUCCCCAAGCAGCAAGACUCAGAGGAGGGUAACAUGGAAAAUGUUUGGUUAGGCAUUAGUGAUAAAUGGUCUACACAAGACCUGGGAGGGCCUGAUAACAGCUGGGGAGAAGUAGGUGCGAGCAUUAGCAAUAAAAGUCAGGAGGCACCAGUAAAACAAGGCUUGGCUGGGGAGCAGGCAGGCAUUAGCAAUCCUGGACCAAGCAAGGAGAUAGCUAGACCCUUGGCUCUGUUUCAAAUGGGAAAUUCCAGAAAUGCUAGCACCGAGAGUUCAACUAGUCCUAAAGACAAUGAGACCAACAACUCAGAUUUAUCUGAAGAUGAAAUUGCUAACCGGAGAUAUGGAUUGUUGUACCAGGAAAUUGAGGCUGAUAAAGAAGAGGGAGUACCUGCCACCGAGGGGGCUGCGGCAGCAGAAGACAGUGCGGCUGUGGCAGCAGGAGCUGGUGACGGUGCUGCUACCACAGAGCAGGAGGGUGUUGCUGAAGGUGACAAAGCUGAAGGAGAAGAAAAGGAGGCUGAUGUGUCUCAGGAAAAGGUCAGCAGCAUCCCUUCAGUAGUAAUAGAGCCAGCAUCAAACAAUGAGGGGGAGGGAGAAGAACACGAAGUCGUCGUGAAUGAGUCCAAAGAUGCCGCAGCAGAGAUGGGCGCUGAGGGCACUGACACUUCUCCCAGUGAAACUUCCCAAGUUGGAAGUGAGCAGAAACCCACUGAAGAAAUGAAAGCUGCACCUUCCCAAGAUCAGCCCGUUCCAGUAGAAGACGCAGCUUCUGCGAUGCCGCCUGGCUUUCUCUUUAAGGUUGAAGUUCUACAUGAUUUCGAGGCAGCUAACAGUGAUGAGCUUGAUUUAAAACGAGGGGAUAUUGUACUAGUAAUUCCUUCUGAGACCACAGCUGAUCAGGAGGCUGGCUGGUUGACAGGCAUUAAGGAAUCCGAGUGGCGUCAGUACAGAGAUGCAAAUAGUUAUAAAGGACUUUUCCCAGAGAACUUCACACGCCAUCUGGAGUAGUUCUCCGCUCAGGCAGACGAACGUGGUACGAAGAUCAGUCAGUAGGUUUUUAACCUCUUUGAAACACAGGAGCCCACCUUUUUGUAGUUUAAGCUAAGUUAAUGGUUUACAGACUGGUGCCAGACAAAGCUUGUUGAAACAUAUCAAAAUGAGCAUGAAUGCAAACAGUUAAGCUAGCAAUUUCUGAAGCAGUACAUGGAAAAAAAAAUCAAAUAAAAAAGAAAUGUCCUUAUUUGUUCACAUGUACGUGGCAACAGGUUUGUUUGUGCUUUGUCAGAGCUAUGGUGAUCCUGUAUUUGGUCCUUUCCCAUGAAAUCUGAAAUUAGCCUCCUCAAUACCAAAACCUUAACUUCUCUGCACUAAGUGUAUUGUAUUGAGUUGCACUGCAGAAGAUCUAAUUAGUUAUCCUGUAGUAAUGAGGUCAAACUAUUAUAAGUUUAAUGUGUUUAAAAAAAUAACUAACUGCUGCAACGUUUUUCAAUGUUAUUUUUGGACAUGCAUAAUAUAUAUACACACAGAACUUUUAUGUGUAUAUAUAAGUGCAUAUGGAUAUAUAUGCAUUUUCACAACUUCAUCAUAGUUCUUUGACUGUGUAGUAUCAUCACUACAUGCAUUGCUCUUUCACUGUCUGGCAUUACAGGAAACGGUUUUGUUCCAAAGCAAAACUAGCUGCUCCAUUGCCAAAACAUGAUACAGUAUCUGUGUUUGUAAUGUGAAAUUUUCAUUCUGAGAUGAUGAAUAAUAUCAUGUUCAAAGCUGCUAAACCUUUGAGAAGGCAUGGCUCGGUCUCCCCUUCCAGCUGCAGUAGUUACAAUGAGAUAAUCUGGAGGGGGAGCUGUUAUGAUGCUAAUCUAUACUUUUUUAUUUAAUUGGCUGAACAAAUAAAAAAAAAAGAAACAGAACUAAUCUCUGAGAAGAAAUAAACACAAUAUAUUUUCACUAUAUGUAUUUAUGCAGCGUACCUUCACAGAUUCUUUUAAAAUACGAUAUAUAAUGUAUCCUGUAUCAAAAAGUCAUCUGUAACUUAUGUUUUCCAGUGCUGUGUCAUUAAAAAUAAACCUUUGAUCCAGAGAA